AUGGGACGCGCCAUUCAUGUCCUCGAUAAUUACUACCUCGCCAUCACAUUUCUAGUCACUGUUGGGUAUCAGCUAUUCUUUUUCGCCUGGGCUUACAGUCUGAAAUUCGACAAACUCACUGAUUUCGCCGGUGGCACCAAUUUCGUCCUUCUCGCCAUCCUCACGCUCGCAUGUAGCGGAAACAGAGACCAAGCGCGCAAUGUCGUUGCUUCAAUUUUCAUCAUGGCAUGGGCCGCAAGACUUAGUGGCUUCCUGCUCUUCAGGAUCCUAAAGACCGGAAAAGACGAUAGGUUCGAUGAUAAGCGGGAUAAGUUCUGGUCCUUCCUGGGCUUCUGGGUCUUCCAGAUGUUUUGGGUAUGGACCUGCUCGCUUCCAGUCACGAUCCUCAACUCGCCAAAUGUGACCCAGUUCGCUCAGCCUGCCUUCGGCACCGGCUGUGAUAUCGCAGGUGUCAUCCUUUUUGCGAUUGGCUUCAUCAUCGAGAGUGUAUCCGACGUCCAGAAGUUCCGAUUCCGAAGCGCACAUGGAAGCGAUGGCGCAGUCUGUGAUGUGGGCUUCUUCGCUUGGAGCAUCUUCACCAUCGCUGUUGCGCCAGCAGCAAACAACUACGUCUCAGGAGGUGCUUACGCCGCACUAUACGCAUCGAUUCUUGGACCUUUCUUCCUGACAUCUCUCCUCAUGUUCCUCUCUGGUCUGCCACUACAGGAGCGUCCAGGUGCCAAGAAGCGAUAUGAGAAGGGUACCAAUUGGCCAGCAUACGAAAGAUACCUACAGCGCACCAGCAUCCUCAUUCCCUUCCCGCCUCAAAUCUAUGAGAAGUUGCCAGUCAUCUUGAAACGCACCAUCUUCCUAGAGUUCCCAAUAUAUGUUUUCGACCCAGCGAAGCAUGCAGACCAAAGCAAGGUACAAGCGCGAUCCGCUGAAGAAGGUCAAGGAGUAAGGCAAAGUGACGAGCAGGGUCUGAGAUCAUGA